UUUAUAUAACACGUACUAGCCCAGCCUGUGGUGACCCCGAGGUGUUGUUGUGGUGGAGACGUUUGAUCCUUCCUCCUGGGGACACUUUACACCUCUCCUCACCCUCCUAGACCUUUCCUAACGUCCUGGAGGUAUUCAACAAUGUCUUUACAGUAACCACUCUACAUUUGGAAGAAAAAUAGUGAAGCUCGAUAAUAAAAGAAUGGAUGGAUACCCCUCAAAGUUAGCAGGAGAGUUACAUACAUACAACUACAGCAGCGGUUCACAACAUUUUAAUUCUGCUUCAACUGGAAUUUCAACACCUGUUCAGUCCAUGUCAUCAACAACUCCAUAUAUGGCACAGCAAACUCAUUCUUCUAGUCAAUUAGAGAGCAACACAGCAGCACCAGGAACUAGCUUACAAGAUGACUUUAGUGAAGGAAGUAGUGUUGGGGGAGGUGGAGGACGAAAGAAAAAAAAGAAGCAGAAGAGUGGUGAAGACCCAGGCACCUCGGUUAAACCUAACAUGUUGGCUGAGGAGGAGCUGGCUGAUCCUGCCGUACCCUUACUAACAGAAAAUCAAGGUGUGGAAGAUUUACUAUUCCCAGCAUCUUUGCCCCCACCUGGAGGAACACUAGUGGGGGGCCAGUACAUGUUAAACAAUUCUCUGCUGGACCAGAUCCUUACAGAAAAGAAAAUGCAAAUACUACAGUCUCCAGAAGUAAUAGAAUUUUUGAAAAAACAAAUGGCAAAGAAGUGAUUUUUUUUUUUUAGGGUAAGUUAUGCUAAGAAUUAUUUGUAAAUUACACAAUAAAGAUAUGUAUGAAAAUAAAGUGUAUUAAUUUUUGUAAAAUGUGUCUAGUUCUUAGGGUAUUACACACUCAAUCUAUCUAAAAGGAAAAAAAAAAGGUGCUCUUUUUGAAGAAUAGACUUGUGGAUACAGUAUAAUCAUGUUCUUAUGUAACAAAAUAUUACUAGAAUUGCAUUUUGUAUUUUAAAUCUCAGACUUUGUAAAUUGCCAAGACUGAUUCCCAACCCAUUUUGAUUAUCCAGUAAAAACUUAAUUUACUGUGUAUGACCUUUUCCAGUACAUUAUUGAACCUUUUCUCCAUGGAAAAAGACAUGCAUUUCCCAUAUUUGGCACUAAAGUCCCUUACAAAUAUAUAUAUACAGUAUAUAUAUUGAUGUAAAUUUCAUGUUUCUUAAAAAAAAAAAGGUGAUUUUUACUCAAAUUUGUACUAGUGUAUAAGUUUGAAUAUCAUGGAGAAGUGGAGUCAGGAAUUGUAUGUCGGUCAAAAUACUCCAGAGACUUAAACCUAACAAUGUGACUGAAAAUUCAUAUGAAAAUUCUCUUUAGUAAAAUACCUGUAAUGGAAUCUGUGGGUGGGGUGUCUGAUGAGGCAGCAUUGUUGACUUGUACUGUAUAAUUCUCUGAUCAUUGUACCUCUUUUAUGCCUUAAGAAAAUACACUGUAUAGUACAAGUUUUAUGUACAAAAACACUAACAAUACAUGAUCUUCGUGUUAGUGUAUUAAAUAUAAGAAUGGAACAAAGAGUGAGGUAACUUGCUUAUAUGUAGAGGGACAUAAGUAUAUUUUUCCAUUAUUAUAGGCAACACAUAUACACAACAUAUUUUGACACUAUGGCAUCAAUAACUUACCUAUAUUAUGGUGAGAACAGGGUUAUGUCACAGAUGUGUGUAGGAGUGUAUCUGGUGACAAUCAGCGGAGUGGUCUGAGGCUGUGUCAGUAGUGGCCUGAUGUCAACACAGCUUCACCCCACCAUUUUCCCCUCACAUGUGGUCCAGACGUCAAAGUGCGGCAAAUUUGAAGAGCGCAAAAGUUCUCAAUUAACUAGGUGCACGAGAAAAGUUUUUUGAUGGUUGCGGCAUUAAUGAGAUCUUUGCACAUCAGUUCAAUUUGUUUUUAGUUGCACUUCAGUGGUUCACACAGUCAAGGGUUAAAUGAAAUACUUAUAACGUACACUCACCACAAAAAGUUCUCGAACAGCUUGACACAACAGAUUUCAGAGUGGGCACAAUGGCUCGUGUCAACCGAGAAUGGUUGGCAUGCUCGGUUGCGAAGUGACUCAAUAUUUCAUAAUACACUUUAUGUUGCUCGUCUUUAUAGUAUUUACAGGCGAAAAGAAGUAAAUUUAUUUGCAAUAAAACUUCCUCAGAGCAAUGUUCAGAUUUCUCGUUUGUUUUGUCCUAGUGUAUGACCCUUAGAGCGUUCGAGAACUUUUCGUGGCGCGUGUACUGUACAUGAAAUAUAUCCCGAGUUCUCAUAAAAAUGCAACUAAGACUUUUCAUUGAAUAUUUAACGCAGCUGAGAUUUCUAUACCUCCAAAUGUGUCUCGUACAUCUCCCGGAAACAUGGACCCUUUUCUUGUCUGAAUUUGUAAUGAACAAUCUUUUUAGCAAAUACAGUACAGUACUGUGUUUAUUUAGAAUCUAAACUUACAAGGGGCAACAUCUACCAGUACAAAUUAUAUGCAGUGGUUAAUAUUUCUCAGUAAUGUACA